AGAUUGUUUAUAUUCUGUUCGUGAGGCGGUAAUAUUUAAAAUUUUAGUUCUUGUGUUCGUUUCGAAAUAGAAGUAAAACUCAUUGUACAUUUUCGCGUUAAGGGAAUAAGGCAUUUCAUAAAUCCAUAAAUUAUGGAACACAUCAAGCCGUUGGAAAAUUUCGAUGGAAGCUGUUAUUAUGAUGAUCAAAAUAAGAUCCGUUUCCGAACGCCGGUAUAUGAACAACGAUAUUUCACCGUUUUCCAAAUAUUGACCCGAGAAUUUUUUGCCAAUUCAUUCAAAAAGAUAAUAGAUUUCGGCUGUGCAGAUAUGAAGUUUUUCAAAAUAUUGAAGAGGUUGUCCGACGUGGAACGGCUCUUGUUGGUGGAUAUGGACGAGGAUUUGCUCACCGAAUGGAUGUACAGUAUUCAACCACAAUUUGGAGAUUACACAAAACGGAGGCCGCACGAGUUUCGUGUUGAGGUGUGGCGCGGAAGUGUUGCCCAACCGCAUGAGUGCUUGGAAGGCACUGAUGUUGUCAUCGGCAUCGAACUCAUCGAGCAUCUCUUCCCAUCGGUUCUCGAGGAAGUUCCACAGAAUGUGUUCGGUUUUAUACGUCCGAAGGUAGCCAUGUUCAGUACCCCGAAUUCGGAGUAUAAUGUCCUGUUCGAUGCUCUCUUCCCGAGUGGUUUCCGACAUGAGGACCACAAGUUCGAGUGGACUCGGGCACAGUUCCAGGAGUGGUGCCAAAACAUUUGUCUACGCUUUUCGGAUUACACGGUAAAAUACCUCGGUAUAGGGCCUCCACCCAAUGAAUCAAUGGACAUUGGUUGUGUGAGCCAACUGGCGGUGUUUGUGAGAAAAGAUUUCCUAGAAGGAUUGAAUUUUCCCAAAGAUGAACAGACUGAGAACGAUCCAGGUGCUUCGGCUCCCGUCGAGGAGGAACAAAGUACAACCUCAGCUACGAAUGGUUGCACUCAGGCAGAAGUAUUACUUUCGAAAAUGUACUUCAAUGAAGAAAUGGGCGAGAUAGUGAUGAUGAGUAGCGAAGACCAGGAAGAGGCGAAUGCAGCAGACCAAAUUGAAAAUCCAGAAGUUUUUCGGGACGCCUUUGAAGAAUCUCCUGAAUCUCCUGAAGUAGAUAGCGAUGAAGCGGACGGUGAUGAUGAUCAGCCCAGAAUCAUUGAUUGUUAUAUGCCUGUCAACAGAGCCCGUAAUGACAGUGGUAAUUAUGAUGACGAACAGCUGGAUCCGACUUGCGAUGAGUACAAGCUGUUAUUGACUGUAGAUUAUCCAGUUGAAGAGCCGGACCCACGGACACGGUCUCAACGUUUGUUGGACGAUGCUGGGCAUCAGAUACGAAUACUCAAAUUUCGUGAUGACGAGUUCUACGAUUACGAACGGGGCGAGCAUUUGAUUCCUCUUCAGACAGUUGUGGAUCGCGUGACGCUUAAAACUGAAACAACGUUGGAGGAGUUAAGGCCGAUUUUGGUGGGAGCUUCCUAUCGUAUAUCGGAUGACAAUAUUAUCAAUGUGAGUGCCCUGGAUGAAUCGCCAUUCGGUAGCGAAGAAGAUUUCGAGUAUGAUUACAAUCAAGCGGAGGGAGAUGACGAGGUUCUCAACGAUGUUAAUCGUCAACCUGAAGCAAUGGUUGAUGACGAGGACGAGCUAUGGGAAUGAAGAAUGGGUUUCUACGGGUGUAUCUUAUAGAUUAGAUAAUAAAAAAUGCAUAUUUCUUUAUUCAGAAAAAAAUCUUUAUUUGCUUCAUUCACGCUCGUUGUUUUAUGUUCCAAGAUCUUAAAGUUGCUCUUCUUGAAACCAUCC